CAGCCUUUUCAAAGGGAAGCCAUACGACCGACGCGCCACCCCCACUCAGGACUCUGACAGUCCAACACUGGUCAGUGUUGAGAUGUACUUAAGAAGCUUAGGGUCUAUUAACCCCGUCGAAAUGGACUACACGGCCGACCUGUACCUGCGCCAGCGCUGGCUCGAGACCCGCUUCGUUAACAACUCGCUGACCCGGCCGCUGGACGUCUCCGAUCCAGAGCUGGUCAAGAAGAUCUGGAAGCCCGAAGUGUACUUUCCCAAUGCCAAGUCAGGCGACUUCCAGUAUGUGUCUGUGCCCAAUGUGCUUAUCCGAGUACACCCCAGCGGCGAAGUUCUGUAUAUACUCAGGCUGCUGCUGAGAUUCUCAUGCAUGAUGGAUUUGGCGAAUUACCCACUUGAUACCCAGAUCUGCAGCAUUGAGACUGCCGUCUUUUCAAAGACGACGCGUGAGCUGCAGCUGACCUGGUUUCACAACGACCCGAUCAAGCUGUACAACAACCUCCGUCUGCCACAGUUCCAGGUCAAGCGGGUCACGCCAGACCACUGCAGUCACGAAAACCAACUCGGCAACUACAGCUGUUUGGAGGCAAAAUUUCUGCUGGACAGGAACCUGGGUUAUCAUCUUGUGCAGUCAUAUAUUCCCUCGUCUCUCAUCGUGGUCAUUUCUUGG